AAAAUAGCUUAAAGCCUCAACGACCAUGGCGUAGGCUGUUGAAAGCGAAUCAUCUCAAGGCCUCAACAACCAUCAAUCAUCUCAGACGAGAAAAAAAAUCUCCAAGAACCAUGGCGGAGGCUGUUGUCGGGCAGCUGGUGGUGACGCUCGGUGGGGCACUGGCGAAAGAGGCGGCGACCUACGGCGGGGCGCUGCUGUGCAAGGAAGCUGCGGCCCUGAGGGGUCUCUUCGCCAAGAUCCGCCAGUCCAAGGCGGAGCUGGAGAGCAUGCAAGCCUACCUGCAGGAGGCAGAGCGGUUCAAGGACACCGACAAGACCACCGCUAUCUUCGUCGGCGAGGUCAGGGGCCUGGCCUUCCAGAUCGAGGACGUCGUCGACGAGUUCACCUACAAGCUGGAGGACUGCAAGCACGGAGGGUUCGGCGGCAAGAUGAAGAAGCGGCUCAAGCAUAUCAAGACCUGGCGCCGCCUGGCAGCCAAGCUCCAAGAAAUCGAAGCCCAGCUGCAGGAUGCUAAUCGGAGGAAGAGGGAUUACGCCGUCACCGGCAGAUCUGCUUCUGCUGCCAGAUCGACAAAUCAAGGUCAAGCUUUGCACUUCACCAGGGACGAGGACCUUGUGGGGAUCGAGGAGAACAAAGAGAGGUUGAUACGGUGGCUGACCGGCGGCUCUGGCGGUGGUGAUGGUCCGGAACUGAGCAGCAACAAAGUCACCAUGGUGUGGGGGAUGCCUGGUGUUGGUAAAACCACUCUUGUUGAUCAUGUGUACAACACCGUGAAAGAGGACUUCGACGCUGCGGCGUGGGUAACUGUGUCCGAGAGUUACCGUACCGAGGAUGUCCUGAAGAAGAUCGCCGCCCAGUUCGGCAUCACAGUCGACGUCGCCAACACUGAGAUGAGAGGUGUAGCAAGGUCCAUCCAGAACUGCCUUCAAGGUAAAAGGUACAUCUUGGUCCUGGAUGAUGUUUGGGCAGAGCGCUUGUGGUUGGAGAUAAGGGAUGUCUUCCCAACAUCUAACAGUACCGGCCGAGUUGUUAUGACAUCAAGAAAGCAGACAGUGUUGGCAACUAGGGAGUCUGCAUAUGAAAUUCACUUGAAACCACUACAAGCACAUCACUCCUGGCUGUUGUUUUGCAAAGGAGCCUUUGAGGAUGCUGAUGACAAAGAGGGCCCGUUGGAGUUGCAGAAAUUGGCUUGGAAGUUCAUAGCAAAGUGUCAAGGUUUGCCUAUUGCUAUUACAUGCAUUGGCCGCCUACUCUCCCGGAAACUCCCAACUUCCGCUGAAUGGGAGGAUGUGUACAGGGGUUUGGAUUCACAGUUGGUGAAAGAUGUGAUCCCUGAUGCUCAUUUGAUCCUAAAGGUCAGCUUGGAGGACCUUCCGUUUGAUUUGAAGAAUUGUUUCCUACACUGUGCAUUGUCCCCAGAAGAUUAUAUAUUAAAGAGGAGGAAGACAAUGAGACAGUGGAUCACAGCAGGGUUUAUCACGGAAAAAGAUGAGAGCAAAACAUUGGAGGAAGUGGCAGAGGGAUAUUUGGCCGAGCUUGUGAACCGAAGCCUACUGCAGGUAGUGGAAAGGAAUUUUGCCGGACGACUGAAACAAUGUCGGAUGCAUGAUGUCAUCCGGCUUCUUGCCCUCAACAAAGCCAAGGAGGAAUGCUUUGGUAAUGUUUAUAAUGGCUCUGGUGGUACUGGGGUAUUCUCUAUAGAGGGUGCACGUCGCAUAUCAGUCCUGGGAGGAAACAUUGAACAACUGAGCCUAUCUGGUGCAACACAGCUACGUGCACUCCAUGUUUUCGAGAGCUAUAUUGAUAUUGAUUUGCUGAAGCCGAUCCUAACAUCUUCGAGUUUGCUUUCGACAUUGGAUCUGCAAGGUACUCAUAUCAAAAUGCUCCCCAAUGAGGUAUUUGACUUGUUUAAUCUCCGUUAUUUGGGUCUUAGAGAUACCAAGAUCGAAAGCAUGCCUGCAGCAGUGGGGAGGUUACAAAAUUUACAAGUCUUGGAUGCUUAUGAUUCUAAACUGACGUACUUGCCAAAUAGUGUUGUAAAACUUCAAAAGUUGAGAUACCUCUAUGCUGGUACUUCGAAGGACUCCAUACGUGGAGUCAAGGUGCCUAAGGGCAUGCAGCACUUGGCAGGACUGCAUGCUCUUCAGUCCGUCAGAGCCACUCCAGAGUUUCUGCAUGAAGCUGCAGCUUUGACAGAGCUAAGAACAUUCGAUGUGUGCAACGUUCAGAGUGAACACUCUGCUUACUUGAGCAAUGCUAUCACCAAAAUGAGUCAUCUUGUUCAUCUCGAAAUUGAUGCUGCAGCUGAGAAUGAGGUGUUGCGGCUGGAAGGGCUACAUUUACCUCAGACCCUUUCUUGGCUUUCUUUACGAGGGCAGCUAGAAAAAACAUCCAUGCCCCAGCUUUUCUCUUCUUUGUCACACCUUAAUAGCCUCACUCGGUUGCAACUGGAAUUCUCCAAUAUUGAUGAGGAAGCCUUUUCCUGUCUGCACGUGUUACAUGGUCUACGCUCUCUUCUGCUAAGAAAGGCUUUUGAAGGGAAGCGGUUGGAAUUUUACACAGGGUCCUUUCCAAAACUUCGGCGUCUAGGGAUAUGGGGCGCAGCACAGCUCAGCCAAGUUAGAAUAGAGAAGGGCGCGAUGCAAGACCUCGUUGAGCUAUGGUUCGGAGACUGUCCUGACCUAAGGUUUCUUCCUGAUGGCAUCGAACACCUUGCAGGCCUUGAGAAAUUAGUUCUGAUAGACACUUCAGAAGAGCUGAUAGAGAAGCUCCGGCAGGAGAGAGAUUCAGAUGAACUCAAAGAAGAUAUAGUGAAGAUUAGGCACAUAAGGAAUGUUACAGUUGCCCUGACGCAGAAAGGACUUGUCGAAAGGAUUAGGUGACACAUCGUCACCGCUCCAAGAUUCUGCACCGCGACGCAAGCUCCAGUGUCUCCUUGUCAUCGCUCUUAAGUUUAUAUCUCCUUGAAUGGGAUGAUUUCUUAGCUGCGAAGAAGAAAAAGAACUAUGAGUCGGCAUGCAUACUUGGUGGUGCGCAAUCCUAAAGGGGAGAACAUGAAAGGCUCUGCAACAAUCUCAUUGCAUGUCGUCUUCUUCCACAUUAUGAUGUAUGAAAUGAGUAUUCUACUCAUCAGUCAGCUGCGUAGCUACUUUCUUCAUCAUGUCUGCAUACAAGCGCGUAUUCUACUCAUCAGUCAGCUGCGUAGCUACUCAUCAGUCAGUUGGAGUAAUGCUGCUUCUUCGCUGAUCCCUCUUGUGAGCUUUUCAUUAGUGAGCAAUACAAGUAUCUAUUCCUCAUUAUUCAGCAGUCGUGGUGAACUCUGAUCAUGAGAGCAUGGUGAACUCUGCUUCUGGAAACCCAAUCUUGAAUUAUGCAAUUCAAUGUUAUUUUUUGGGAGGUCUUAUUUGUUGUAUUGGAAAUGGAAUGUGUGUAAAUUAGCUUCCCAGUGA